CACCAAACAGAUGCGAAGGUUCCUGGGUAUGACUGGUUGGUACAGGAGGUUUAUUCAAAACUACGGCCAGACAGCGGCUCCGCUUUACGAGUGCUUGAAGAAAGACCGGGUGAAGAAAAUUGAGAUGUCGGAAGAAGCAAUUAAGGCGUUUGAACUGUUGAAAACCAGCAUGUCCUCAGCACCUGUACUUAUCCCCCCAGACUUCAAGAAACCAUAUACCAUCCAAUGUGAUGCGUCCACCACGGGAGUAGGAGGAGUUUUGUUCCAAUCCGAUGACUCAGGAGGGGAACACCCGAUUGCCUAUAUGUCAGUCAAGUUGAACAAGGCACAGCGGAACAUUCCGCUAGUCUAAAAUGGCUGAUGGGUCAGAAAGACUUGUCAGGCAGACUCGCACGGUGGAGUUUGAAGCUGCAAGCGUUUGACUUCCCCAUAGAACACAGAAAAGGAUCACUAAAUGUAGUCCCUGAUGCACUCUCACGAGUUCAUAUGGACGAGCUACAGAAGACUGGUGCGGAAGAGCUGGACCUACACAUCAACCUGGAUUCGACAGCGUUCCAAUCACCGGAUUAUGUCAAACUGGUGCAGGCGGUGGAACAACAGUUAGGUAAAAAUAAAGACCUUCAAACAUCGGAAGGCUACGUCUACAAACGGAUGGGCCUCUGCCUAAACGACGCCGUGGAUGAGGGCCGAGUAUGGAAGCUCUGGGUUCCCACCGAGCUACGACCCGAUUUCUACUACUGGCCAGGGAUGGCUGUAGAUGUCCAAAAGAUAGUGAAAGAGUUUGAGGUCUGUAAAAUCACUAAGACUGCCAACAAAAGUGACCAACCACCCAUGGGAGAACAGCGUAUCAGGGAAAGUGCUGGUCAGAGAUUGUUUAUCGACUUUAUGGGACCAUACCCAAGGACCAAAGGUUGGUCUGGCUACAGACGAUGA